AUGAGUCAGAAUACCAAAAGAAUUGUUCAUCAAGAAAACACAACAAUAUAUGACCAUAAUGUUAAGCAGUACUACUUGUAUCUAGUUUCUAUCCAAGACAGAAAUAAUUCAACUGUCAGCAGUAACAUCUGUGCAGUUGUGGAACUACUAGCACAGGAUGGCAUCUAUGAUUCCAAUGCAGACAUUUUCAAUAAUCCUGACAUCUCACAGAUUGCUCCACUUGAAAUGGCAUGUGCUAAUGCCAUUUGGCAAACCUUCCUGCAGCCAUUAGUGGCUCAAGAGGAUGAAACAAGCUUGAUGCAUGAUGUAACACAACUUCAACCCAAGGAGACAGAAACAUACUGCUCAAAGCCAGGGUUCCAGUAA